UCUUUGAUAUUUCACUUAGGUUUUAUUUGAUUUUCAUUCGAUAGCUUUGGAAAAUGUCGCCAACCAAAAAUCUAACACUGCGACAUACAAGAUGUCGCGUUGAUCUAUUUUUUUUUUUUUGCUUCAUAUAUUUUUUUUUACAGAAAUCAGAGAUGUGAUAGUUGCAAACUUUAAACCAUCAGGAGGAAACAACCCAUACUAUAAUGCUUAGGCUAGCGAAAUAUAGUUCUCGUAUACCGAGAUCAUAUAUUUAUAAAUGUGAGAUAAGUUAUUUACAAACGGCAAAUUAUUCAAAUUCGAUACGGAGGGAGAAAUUCGAUAGUAAGACGUUUGAAUUCUUAACUGAUCCUAAUGCCAAAUUCACCAAUAUUCAUGAUAAUCCCACCACUAUCAACCAACAAGAUCCCCAACAUGUUUAUUCUCCAGGACAAUCACUUAUUCAGAAAGAUACAGAUUUGAUAUCUCCCUUUCGAAACCCAGAUGGAACAUUCAUAAAGGGUAACAAUGCUGAAGAAGCAAGAUUACAUGAUUUAACAUUAGAAGGAAGAGUUGAUAAAGCAGUUACCAAACUUCCAGAAGAGAUUUCCAAGGUUAUAAAUAAUAAUAUAUUAAGAUUGACUGUUCCUGAUAGAUUAAGAGAAAGAGUGGCUUUAAUAUAUCAAAGUUUAACUAAUGGUCAAAUUCAAAAGGCACCUGAAACAUCAUUAGAUUGUGAUGCUCAUAUCGGAGCUUUAUUCUUACAAGAGUAUAGUCAUUUAAGACAAGUAUUAUUGGAAUUACAAAAGAGAGUAGGUGCUGAUAAGUUCAAUCCUCAAAGAGUGUUGGAUAUAGGUUAUGGACCUGCUACUGGGUUAGUUGCUCUUAAUGAGAUCAUGGGUGAUGAAUGGGUUCCUGAAGUGAAAGAAUCAUAUAUUGUUGGAAGAAGUAAUAAUGAGAUGAAAAAAAGAGCUAAGAUUAUAUUAUCAAGACAAAUUAAUGAAAAUUUCAGCGAACCAGAAGAAGAAGUACAAGUUUCAGAAGAGAAAGCUCUGGAAGUUGUUGAAGAAGCUAUUGAAGAACAAGUAGAAGAACAACAAGAAAAUGAAGAAGAACAAAUUGAAGAAGAAUAUGUCGGUCCUAUCAAAAUAUCAUCAAUUUCAAUUCGUACAAAAUUAAGAGACACCUUACCUGUAUCCAAACAAUACGAUUUAAUCAUGGUCAAUAAUGCGUUAUUAACUCGAGAAUUCAAAUUUCCUCGUGAUAUAGAUGAAAACAUGAGCAUGGUAUUAAAAUUAUUAAAGCCAGGAGGUCAUUUAAUCUUAAUCCAACGUGGGAAUGCGGUUGGAUUUGAAACUAUUGCUCGUGCCAGACAAAUCAUGAUCAGACCUGAAUCUUACACAUCUGAGAUUGGUAAAAUUCCCAGACCUUAUUUAAGAGGGUCGAGUUUGAAACCACAGAAGAAGUUGAAGAAAGAGGAUCAAUUGAUUAAUGAUGAUUAUAUUGAGUUUGAGAAGGAAUUAUUGGAGAAGAUGGAACAAGAUGAAUUAGAACAGAUGUUGACUGAACAAGGUAAGGAAUUUGAAGAUGUUUUAAAUGAGAAAUUUGGUGAGACUACGGAAGAUGAUUUAAAAUUUGAUGGUGAAGAUGAAGGAGAAUUUGAAGUGAUCCCACUUGAAUCAGAAUCUCAAGUAGAGGAAGAUACUAAUAAGUUAAGUUCAGAAAGUAUGGAUUAUCAUAUUAAAAUCUUAGCUCCUUGUGCUCAUCAUAAGAAAUGUCCCUUACAAUUAGGAGAUCCUAAAUAUUACAAGAUCCCAUCUCAUAAACAUCGAUUAAACUUUUGUUCAUUUAAUAAAGUUGUGGAGAGACCUAAAUUCACCAUGGAAUUAAAAAGAGGGAAACGAUUAGCUACUAGUUGGGAUAAGAGUUCUGAAGAUGGAUUUGGAUUUGAUAAAAUGAGUAAAAAAUCAUUACAAUCAUUAGAAGGUAGUGGUAGACCUGGAGGUAAAAACACUGAGAAUGGAUCAUAUUCAUAUUUAAUUGCGGAAAGAAGUUUGAAUGAUACUGCUACUAUUCAAAAGAUUGAAAAUGAUCGAGAAUUUAAUAAUUAUGAUAUCCAGAAUAAAUUAGAUAUAAAUAAUUGGCCCCGAAUUAUUGAUGCUCCUCAUAAGAUUAAAAAGAAUGUUCAAAUGACAGUUUGUGCCCCCAGUGGUAAUAUUGAAGUUUGGCAAAUUCCUCGUAGUGUGGGGAAACAAGAAUAUCAUGAUGCUAGAAAAGUUGAACGAGGAGAUUUAUGGGCAUUAGAUAAAAAGAGUGUUACAGUUAAAAGUCAAUUAUCCGAUAAAGUAAAAGAUAAAUUAGAUGUGUUGUUAAAGACUCAAAAGAAGACAUUCCUUAAAGAGCAAAGAAAACAGAAAUGGAAGAGGAAAGUAGGUAAAUCAGAAGAAGAUUUCCAUGAUGAAUUAUAUGAUUCAAUGGCUACUGAAAUUGAAAAUUCUCAUCAAUAUAAAGCUCAAGGUAGAAGAGCAAACUAUGAUGUUGAUCCUAGAUCAUUUGAUGGAAAGUGAGUGGAGAGGAGAGGAUAUCUCAAAUAUAAAUAGAUUGAAAAACUAAAUAGUCACUUGUAUAUAUACACAAUCUUGUACAUAAUAAAAAUAAACGGAUUACUGGAAUUUACAAAA